UCUUUCAUUGCUUUCUUCCCACAUCAUAUAUCAGCUCCACCCUCCGUCUCCCCCUAACUUUCUUUCCUCUUAUCUCCCUCUCUCUCUCUCUUUUGAUGGCUUCCUCUUGUAGCAGCCUGGAUACGUCCGCCAAUUCCCACCCGCAAAACGCCUUUAGUUUCUCCGCACAUCCCUUCAUGACGACCUCUUUUUCUGACCUCCUGGCCUCCGGUGGUGCCGACGAUGAAAACCCUUCCGCCACUUUCGACGGUGGCGUUGAUGCCAAGCGUGGAGGUGGUGGUGGGUUGUCGUUGUCCGAUCGGAUUGCGGAGAGGACUGGUUCGGGUGUGCCUAAGUUUAAGUCACUUCCUCCUCCUUCACUGCCUAUCUCUCCCCCUCCCGUGUCUCCUUCUUCUUACUUUGCUAUCCCCCCAGGUCUGAGCCCAGCUGAGCUUUUGGACUCUCCUGUUUUGUUGAACGCUUCUAACAUUCUGCCAUCUCCAACCACUGGAACAUUUCCGGCUCAGGCUUUCAAUUGGAAAUCGAAUUCUGGAAACAACCAGCAAAACGUAAAACAGGAAGACAAGAGCUACUCUAAUUUCUCUUUCCAAACCCAGCCAAGGCCAGCCACCUCUUCAUCAAGCAUGUUUCAAUCGUCAACAAACACAAUUCAGACUGCGCAACAACAAGCUUGGAGUUUCCAAGAGUCUGUAAAGCAAGAGGAUUUUUCCUCAGGGAACAGAAUGGUAAAACCUGAAUACACUCAGAUGCAGAGCUUUUCCCCUGAGAUUGCCAACAUUCAAGGUAACUCUCAAAGCAACAGUGGCUUCCAAUCGAAUUAUAGCAAUUUCCAGCAGCAACCUCAGUCAAUUAGAGAGAACAGAAGAUCAGAUGAUGGAUACAAUUGGAGGAAAUAUGGACAAAAACAAGUGAAAGGAAGCGAAAACCCACGAAGCUACUACAAGUGCACGUUCCCCAACUGUCCAACAAAGAAGAAGGUUGAAAGGUCUUUAGAUGGGCAGAUAACUGAGAUAGUUUACAAGGGUAGUCAUAACCAUCCAAAGCCUCAGUCCACUAGGAGAUCAUCAUCAUCUUCUUCAUCUACCAUUGCUAUUCAGACUUCGAAUGCUGCCAGCGCCGAGAUUCCAGAUCAGUCAUUUGCAACUCAUGGCAGUGGACAGAUGGAUUCUGUCGCAACCCCGGAAAAUUCCUCCAUAUCAGUCGUGGAUGAUGAUUUCGAUCAGGGUUCGCAGAAGAGUAAAUCUGGAGGAGAUGAGUUUGAUGAAGACGAGCCUGAGGCCAAAAGAUGGAAAAGUGAAGGUGAAAAUGAAGGAAUUUCAGCCCCUGGGAGCAGAACUGUGAGGGAACCUAGAGUUGUAGUUCAAACAACCAGUGACAUUGAUAUUUUGGAUGAUGGAUACAGAUGGAGAAAAUAUGGGCAAAAAGUGGUCAAGGGAAAUCCAAAUCCAAGGAGCUACUACAAGUGCACGCAUCCAGGAUGUCCAGUGAGAAAGCAUGUUGAGCGAGCAUCCCAUGAUCUUCGGGCAGUGAUCACAACUUAUGAAGGGAAGCAUAACCACGAUGUCCCGGCAGCUCGUGGCAGCGGCAGCCAUUCUGUCAAUAGACCGUUACCAGACAACAACAACAACAAUAAUGGUAACAACAAUGCAGCAAUGGCAAUAAGGCCAUCAGCUGUUAACAAUCACUCUAACCAUUCCGUGACCAACUCUCUUCACAGUUUGAGGCCAGCGGCAGCCGAAGGGCAAGCACCCUUCACGCUGGAGAUGUUGCAGGGGACUGGGAACUUUGGAUUCUCAGGAUUUGGCAACUCCAUGGGGUCUUUCAUGAAUCAGCCGCAACACGUGAACAAUAUGUUUUCCAGAACCAAGGAAGAACCAAGAGAUGAGGUGUUCAUCGAGUCUUUACUAUGUUGAAAUUCGCUCCGACAUAGUAAGGUUUAGGACUAUAGAGGGGAGUAGAUAAAAACCACAAGAAUAAGGAGCUCAGGUUCAUUUAAUUAAUUGCAUUCAGUUUGUUUGUUGUACAUUUCCACAGUAUUGGUUUUUGUAUAUUCAGAUUGAGUAUGCUAAUAGGAGCCGCCUGUAAAAGUUACUAUACCUAUUUUUUGAUUAUUUUGAGGCCUUCCUCUCUACCCAGAUAAGAACAGGAGAGAGCCCCAAAUCAUUUGCUGUUUUGUUGUAUCACACAUCCUAGUGAUCCACUUGCUUCAGAAAACACCUUUUAUAUUGUUGACAAGA